GCGCCCCAAACUUCCGAGGCUGCCGGGCCCCUCGCGCGCGUCCCAGAGCGCGACCUGGGCCGCCGGGAAGAGCCGUGGCGGAGAAGGGCGCCGAGAGCGAGAGCACCGCUGCGCCCACGAAGAGGCGGCGGAGGGUCGGAGAGAGGAGGGCCGCCGGGUGGCCGCCCGGGCGAGGGAGGGAGGGAGGGAGGCAGGGCUGCUCCGCCUGCUCCUCCGGCCGCCCCGCCCCACCUCCUCGCAGCCCGGCCAGAGCCGAAGCGGCGGCGUCGGCGUCGGCGUCCCGGCCUCGUUCCCGGCGGAAGUGGCUCCCGUUGGCCCGGAUCCUGAUCUCCGCGCAACCCGCCGGGCUCCGUCACGGCAACUCCGCGGAAACUUUCGGCGCUCGCCUCCCCUUGCCCGGCGGGACGGAACCCGCGCUCGCUGCCCUUUCCGUUUCGACUCCGCAGGCGCAAGAUCCCCGAGGCGCCGGGAAGCGGCGACCGCCUCGCGCAAAGGACUUUCCUGCCUCUCGGAGGAGGCGGGUGGGAUCCGAGGAAGGAGUCCAUAGCAAAAGGCACCUGCGGCCUUGAAGGGAUUUAACGCUUAGCUGGUGGAGCGGAAUCCCUGGAAGCGAGGAGAUCUAUUUGGAGAGCUGCCGGGGGGGGGGGGGGGCAAGAAAGUCCCGUUGCUGCGUGGAAUCCUUCUGCCUUUUCGCCCUCCCAGCAGGGCCUGCAAAGUAGCAAACUACUUCUGGUUUCUAUUUCAUUUUCUUCCCUCCUGGCAAAAGACAUCAACAAGUUCUCUUGAACUCUGUGCUUGCCCUGUUGAAAUAGGAGGGGCUGUGCAUGUUUGUGUUAUUCUGAGGACUAAAGGCGUGACCAUUCAGUUUUGGAUUGACUUGCUGCUUUUCUGUCCCGUCCCCCCCCAACCUCUGGAGGGUUGUAGAUUUCAAAUCAGACCCAAAAGGCUUGCAAAGGCUUGCAAAACAUUUUCGAUCUGUAAUAACAACAGUAGGGUUUUUUCAGUUAUUUUUUAUUCUUCUUUUUCUUGAAAGGCGUUUUUUUCCAGCACCAUGAUCGUGCAUUAUGCUGGAUUCACUUUCAGAUAAAAUCGAGCAAAAUUAUUUAAUUUUUAAAAUAUACAUACAUUUUGAAAGAUAAACUUUCCUUACAAAAGCCCUAUCUUGGAUAUCACUCACCUGAUGGGAGACUGCUAAAUUUUAUGUGUACUUCAGGGUUGGUUCAGGAAUAACUUGUUUGCAAGAUAAAAUCAACACAGGACUGACAGUUUUGUAAGUUAUCCAUGGAUCUGACCGAGUCCUGUAGAACCUGAAAGGGGGGCAGGGGUUGACAAUGCUGUUUCCUUUGCCCUGAGCUGGUCACCCUUGACCAGGGCCUGCCCACUGGGAAAUUGGUUGGCCCUGAUAAACCUCAGGACUGAUUCUGAAGAAAGAGACAAAUUGUUUUGGUCUUUUCCGGGAAAGUCUAUGAAACUCUUUUGAUUUCGCAAAAGUGUUUCAGAUUUCAAGGCACACGGCAAGUGCUGUGUUUAAGUAGGGACUUAAGUAUUCAAGAAACCACGGCAGUGCUUGUGGUGGGGAGACCUUUUUGUGUCAGCAGCAGGCUGUACCACAGUGAGCAGCCAUGGCAAUGAAGGCCAGGGCUCUCUACAGCUUCUGCAGCGAAAACAAGGAGGAGAUCAGCAUCGAGGAGAACGAAGAGCUGGUCAUCUUCAGCGAGAACUCAUUGGACGGGUGGCUGCAGGGGACCAAUAGCCGCGGUGAGACCGGCCUUUUUCCUGCGUCCUACGUGGAAAUCCUUCGCUCCAGGACAGCCUCAACUUACUCAGACUACUCCAGCAGCCCAGCCAGGUCCCCUGGGAAUGGCUCCUCCUGCUAUGGGACCCCACCUAACACCAGUGUCUCCCACCAGGGCAGCUUUGAAGAUGAUGAUGACGAUGACUGGGAUGAGUGGGAUGACAGCAGCACGGUGGUGGAGGAGCCCAGGAGCAGGGCUGGCACCAACGGGCACCCGUCCCCGCACCCGUCUUACCCUGGGCCGUACAAUAUGGGCUACCGGCCCAAGCCUUCCUUGGAGAGGCAGGACAGCAUGGGGUCUUCCAAGAGGGGCAGCGUGGUGGGGAAGAACCUCAACCGCUUCUCUUGCUUUGUCCGGUCUGGGGUGGAGGCCUUCAUCUUGGGUGAUGUCCCCAUGAUGUCUAAGAUCUCAGAGGCUUACUACAUCGACAUGGGCCCCAGUGGGCCCCAGUGGAGGCCCAGUCCGCACCCUCUGGUCUGCUCUGUGGAGGAUCCCACCAAACAGACCAAGUUCAAAGGCAUCAAGAGCUACAUCUCCUACCGGCUGACGCCCAGCAGCACCAACUCGCCAGUCUACCGGCGGUACAAACACUUUGACUGGCUGUACAACCGGCUGCUGCACAAGUUCACUGUUGUCUCUGUGCCCCACCUGCCUGAGAAGCAGGCCACGGGGCGCUUUGAGGAGGACUUCAUUGAGAAGCGCAAGCGGCGGCUGAUCUUGUGGAUGGACCACAUGACCAGCCACCCAACACUCUCGCAGUACGAGGGCUUCCAGCACUUCCUCACCUGUGGGGAUGACAAGCAGUGGAAGCUGGGGAAGCGCCGGGCGGAGAAGGACGAGAUGGUGGGCGCCAGCUUCCUGCUGACCCUCCAGAUCCCGACGGAGCACCAGGAUUUGCAGGACGUGGAGGACCGAGUGGACAUGUUCAAGGCCUUCAGCAAGAAGAUGGAUGACAGCGUGUUACAGCUGACCAAUGUGGCUUCCGAGCUGGUGCGCAAGCACCUGGGCGGCUUCCGCAAAGAGUUCCAGAAGCUGGGCAAUGCCUUUCAGGCCGUGAGCCAGUCUUUCCAGAUGGACCCUCCCUACAGCUUCAGUGCGCUCAACGGUGCCCUCUCACACACGGGCAAGACCUAUGAGGCUGUGGGGGAGAUGUUUGCCGAGCAGCCCAAGAACGACCUGUUCCUCAUGCUGGACACGCUUUCCUUGUACCAGGGGCUCCUCUCCAACUUCCCAGACAUCAUCCAUCUUCAGAAAGGUGCCUUUGCCAAGGUGAAGGAGAGCCAGAGGAUGAGUGACGAGGGGAAGAUGGACCAAGAGGAGGCAGAUGGGAUCCGCAAGCGCUGCCGCGUGGUGGGCUUUGCCUUGCAGGCAGAGAUGAACCACUUCCACGAGAGGCGCGUCUUGGACUUCAAGAGGAUGAUGCAGUCGUACCUCAAGCAACAGAUCGUCUUCUACCAGAGAGUCAGUCAGCAGCUGGAGAAGACCUUGCGGAUGUAUGACAGCCUCUAGUACCUCCGGACUCAUUGGCCUGGCAUCAGGAGGAUGAGCUGGGCUUGCAUUUUCCUCUGUGCCUGGGCAUGAGAAGUGUGCCUUCCUACCAUACAACCAGGCUUAUACUUUUAAGGGGGUUUAGGAAUGGGGGGCGGCGGGUUGAGGUGGAGGCCUCAUUGCCAGGUGGGCUUGGGUGCCUUCAAAGCCCCUCAAUAUGCACACAAUCAAAAAGCUCCAUGUUGUAGCUUCUCUCUUCGUCCGAACUGAACGGAGAAGCAAAACGACAUUCCAGCGAACACACCAUCCUGUCUUCCUCUGCUCAGGGUUUGCUGACUUCCUGAUCUGCAUCAUUGUUUACAGAGGAAGCGAGAAUUGGAAACAGAACUGUCAUUUUGGAGUUUAUUAUUUGUUUUCUAAUGCUUCUCAGGCUUUAUCUUCUAGAGUUUUCUCAUCCAAAUUGUGCCCUGUCCCCCACUGAAUUGGUGAAUGAGAUCAGGGUUGUUUGUUGCUUAUCACAACUCAAGUACUUUCUAAAUAGGUUGUGGUGAGAGGGAUUGGAAUGUAAAUUUUGGUGCAACAGAAUGGAUCUUUUUGGGAAAUCACACAAACACACAAGGUAUCAGCACCUUUGUAUUUUUUUUUAAACUGUCCACAGAGAUAACUACAGGAUUAUUAUUAUUUUGUAUUCUAAAAUCAAAACAAUACUUGGGAACCACAAUUUUUAUGUUCUGCUUGGUUUGUUACUGAAAGCGUAUUUUGGGGCAAAAUUCAAAGGUCAUUAAUUAGUUUUUAAAAAUGAGUGCAGGAACUUUUGUUUAUGGUGAACUGGCGCAAAGGAUGGUCUGAAAAAGGCUCAGACAUGUUGACAUGCUGUGUUGCCUUGGCAGAGGGAAAAAUCCCAUUUGACUCUUUGUACUCAGGCUAGUGAUAUGAAAGGGUGGGUCUUCCCCCUCGAUUCCUCUGUGUCAUCUCCCAGGAUCUGUGGCUGGAAAUGCAACCAGCACAAGCCCUGGCUGAGGAACCUUUGCCCAGAGCCUGGGGAGGAGGAUUGCACGCCCGAGACUCGCCCUUGGCAUUUUGAAGAUCAUCACACACUUCCUGAACUCGGGAUGUUGAGGCCAUUUCAGCCGAAGGGCUGCAUUGCCUUCUGGGCAAGCUCCCAAGGGCCACAUUUCAGAGGAGGGCAGAGGAGACAUGAGGCUGGUUUCUACACACACUUUUAUCCUCCACCCAAAGAAGUAAGAGGGUAAAAAAAAAAGAGCAUGGGAGUUCCAGGAUGCAAUACAUGCAGGAAGGCAGGGCUGGGGGCUGGGAGAAGGGGAGGCUGGGGAGAAUCCCAUGUGUCAGAUAAGUUCCCCACCCACAUCCAAAGCAUGCACAUUGCAGGGAUUACAUGACCCUUCGAUUCCCUUCCAACUCUAUAUAAUUCUAUGAUUCUGUGAACUUUUCAGGGUUCCUGAGAGCAUGAAGUGAGUUGGAGACACACAGCCGAACUUCAGCCAAACACCAUGCAUGCCUCUCCCUGCCCCCAUGUUAUCAAUGUGCAUUCUACCGCUUCUAAGAGGCACUUGGACAUACUGAAAUGCCUUCCCUGUGGCCCACUAUUGUGGACUCUGGAUUGGUAGGGUCUCCAUAAGGGUAGUAGUUCCAUGGUGGAGUGUCUGCUUUGCCUGCCCAAGGUGCCAGGUUCAAUCUCCAGGUAGGACCAAGGAUGCCUCCUGCCAUAAGCCCUGGAGAGCUGCUGCCAAUCAGUGUUGACAAUAAGGCCAUUUCAUAUAUUCUCAUUAAAGAGUGGUCAUUCCCAGCUGUCCCACUUGAGAGCCAUCUAACUCAGGGAGCCUGUGGCCUUGACAGUCCCUGGGGCUGAUGGAUUUGAGAGUCAAACCACAUCUGGAGGGUCACAGGUUCACUAGCCAGAUGUGCUUGGCCAGCAUGCCCAGGGAUGACAGGAGUUGUAGUUCAGCAGCCACUGGAAGGCUGCAGCUUAGCCACCCCUGUUCUAACUGCAUAUGAUUGAACCUGGGGCUCUGCAUGCAGAGCAUGUGCUUUAUCUGUAAGCACAUUUUGCAUUUCCUGCGGGCAUGGCAAUCAUCACCAAGCAGAGUCAUGCAUAUUCAAGUGUGUGUUCUCUCACCCUUGCAGAAGGUGUUGCAGCGUCUGAAUCCUCCCCAAAUGUGGGUUCUGAGCAGGUGUGGUCAGUAAGAAGGAGGGGCAGAGAGGGGGGAGAGGAAACUGGCUGGUGAAACCAGCUAUUUAAGUGAAAAGGAAGGAAAACCCAGGAGGGAACCUAACUGCACUUGUUCAGAUUUGGAAGUUGCUUUGAUCAGCAUUCCCCAAACCCAUGUCCCCCAGAUUUUGUUGGGUCUCCCAUCUCCCCUGACCAUUGGCUGUGCUGCAUGGGGCUGAAGGGGGAUCCUGAUCCUGGAGGUUUUGCCCAAGAGAAGGAUGCCCCCUGUAAAGCCCAAGGGGUGGUGGUUGGGGGGCAGUGAUGGGAGGCCUCCGGCCAGAUAGGGAUGAGCUGCAGUCACAUCCAGCCGAUGAACCAGAGGUUGGAAAGCAGGUCCUUGCUGUGGGAAGAAUGAUGUCGAAGUUAAGGAGUGUCCCUGUUUUCAUUUGCAAAAAGUUGGAAGUCCGAGUCACAUGGGCAGGUGGGGUGGGAGUGGGCAAACGCAGGAAAGGGAGCAGCGACAGGAGCAAGGAGCUACGGGUGGAGUGUGACCUCUUGUUAUUCAAAGCUACUUCACAAUUGUGCCUACAAGACAGGAUUCUGGGAAGAGGGAUGGAUGUACAUGUCUGUAGGUAUAACUUGCUUCCCGGCAGGUGCCCGUCCUUGGCUGAUUGGGGGGAUGUCAAAGUAAAGGGGGGGGGGAGUUACUGUCAGCACUUGCUGGCUGAUAAAUUGGCCUGGUGCGUGGGCUUUGUUUUCUCAGGGAAAUAUUGAGAACAAAUUACAGCAUGGAAAGGAAACCAAGCCUGGCUUGGACUUACUCCAGAGUUUCUUGUGGUACCAGAGUGUUGUUUAAGCCUGGAGUCAGCAACUCCUGCUGCUGAAAAAUGCAGAGAAGCUUACUUAAUAUAGGUAGGUAGCCGUGUUGGUCUGACGCAGUCAAAACAAAAUAAAAAAAAUCCUUUUUUACUGGAAGGAUUUUUUUAUUUUGUUUUGACAAUGUUCUUAUGUCAGCAUUGUGAUUUCCAUGCCAUUUUCAUAAACGAGGCAGACCCAAUGUGCACCAGUUCUGCAACAUGAAUUUCCUGUCCCAGUCAAAACACAACACUGCUUAUGCCUAGACCUCUGAUGCACGAGGCCUCUGGAAAAACAAGCUUCCUUCUACUUGUGCUCCUGUUUCCAAUCAUUUAGCUCGUUCCGAAAGCAGAGUUUCAAACUUCUGUAACCAUGAGGGCCAGACACUUAAGCCAGCAAACAAACCUCAAAUCGUCUCCCAAAGAGAUUGCACACUUUGGAUUCUAAGACAGUGAUGGGCAACCUCUGGCAGAGGCAGAUUUAGGUUCAGUUGCACUGGGCACAGAAGCUCAUGGGGGCCACAACUAGGAUGUAGAAUGGAAGACUAGAGGCCAGGGUUCCCAAUUUUGGCAUCACACACAUAGCACCAAGGUCUGCCACUGCCCAUGGCUCUUUGGAUGUUGCUACAAUGCAACCCCCAUCAACCCUCACAAAUGUUCCUGGGUCGCUCUGCUACCUUUGCAUGGCAUGUGGCCCCUGGAAAGUUGUCCAGAAGGCAAUGUGACCCUCAAGCUGAACCCCCACCCCACCCCUGGUAUAGGAUAUUGUUGGUCUCCAGCAUCCACAAAUCUGAGCCACCAUGGGCAAUGGUCAGGAAUGAUGGGAGUCGGGGGUCCAACCAGCAGCGUAGGAAGAUAGGGGCGGCGGGGGCGCGGCACCCCAGGCAGCGCGCUCCCAGGGGCGCCAUCCCGGCUGCCUGCCCCACCUGCUCUUCGCCACUGGGUCCAACAACAUGAUGGGUAUACAGGGUAUUCUGUGUUUUCGUUUUUUAUGUUGUAAACCACCCUAUGAUCUUCAGAUGAAGGGCGGUAUACAAAUUUAAUAAAUAACUAGCUGGC